CGUAUUCGACUACUGUACUAGUAUACUGUGCAUGCGAAUUCGAGCCCCACCCGAUCGCGAUAUGUGCACCGUACCGGUUGUGUUCUCUAGCGUUGGCAUUCGCUUUGGAAUUACUCUGCCUGGUUAGAUGUGGUGUUUAUUUCUAUAACGUCACUGGAAACAAUUUUCAAGGAAACGAAGGAGAUUCUUAAAGGCACUAUGGAGCAGGAACACAAAAUGAUGUGCAAUUUACUCCUAACACAAAAUGGAAGAACUUCUAGCAGACUUUAUGCACUUGUGAGCAUAUUUCUAUGUUUCGUCAUCUUUUUACAUCACCCAAACAGUGUGGAUGGGACAUUAGAGACAUACGCACCUGUCGAGUUCAUUAGCAAAGCAGAAGAUCCAAAAUUUGCCAAUUUAGCUGUGGAUGAAAGAACUGGUGAUAUGUACAUUGGAGCAGAAAACUCCUUAUUUCACCUCCAUUCAGACUUCAGUUUACAGGAAGAAGUAAAUACUGCGCCUGAUCCUGCAGAAUGCCAGGAUCCACAAACCCCCUGCAAGAACUACAACAGGAUUCUUGCUGUUGUACCAUCUCCCAUAGAAAAGCUUAUCACCUGUGGAAGCUUUUCACGCAGGUGUCAGUAUCGUCAGCUCGUGAACAUAUCAGAUUCUGUUGAGUAUGAAAGAAUAGUGAUCAAUGCAAAAACCCCGGCAGUGGCAGUUCUCCAUGAUGAUUACAUGUAUGUUGGAGUUAGUCCUGAGUUCCCUGCUCCUGCUAAUCAUCCUACCUACGUCACCCAAUUGCAUCUGGAUUCGCUAUCUUUGCGGGAAAGGCUCAAUAGUCAGCACGUUCGUGCAAGUCAGGCGGGGUUUUCAUUAAACUUCGUCAAUGGAUUUGAAUUUGAAGGGUUCACAUAUUUUGUCACCAAUCAGCAGCAAUUAAUUGAUGAGGAUCCACCUGCAGAUCACGAUUACAUAUCAAAGAUUAACAGAGUUUGCCAAGACGGCGACAGCUUUGAUUCAUUUACAGAAGUUCAGCUAACAUGUUCUUUAGCCAAUGGCAGAACCUACAACCUCAUUCAGGCCAUUGAAGUUUCUAUCCCUGGGAAUGAUCUUGGUGAAUCUUUCAAUAGCAGUGAUCCUCUUCUCUAUGCUGUUUUUGCUGAGUCUUCUGAGUUCACAGAUGAAGCUGCUGAUCCUGCUCACUCUGCGCUAUGUAUCUACAAGAUGUCUGAGUUACUUGCAAAGUUUAAAACUGCAGUGGAAGAUUGUACAAGUAAAGGAGAGGUUGAGGUCCAUGGAAUACGCCAUUUACAAUCCAGAUGCAACAAUAUUGCUCCACUGGACAUUGACCUGUGUAACGUGGUAUGGGCCAAGUAUGCCAGGGGAACCGAGCCACUUCAAGCUGAAGCUCUUAUCCCAUUUGAUGAGGUACUUGCCACUUCGAUCAGAACAGUGACUGUAGAAAACGAGACAGUGGCCCUCAUAGGUACAAGCACUGGAAAUCUUCUUAAGGUUCACAUCAGUGAUGCAACCCAUGCUAGGAUGUAUGAAGACGUGAAAGUAGGAGAUACCAGAGUGCAGCAGGAUACCUACUUCAAUGCCACUGAUGAUCAUCUUUAUCUCCUCACAGAACAAAAGCUUGUACGUUUGUCUGUGGUAAACUGCAGUCAGUACACAACCUGUGAGGGGUGCAUUGGAGAUAAUGGAGGGCAAGAUGGGGACCCAUACUGUGGAUGGUGCACAUUGGAAGCAAGGUGUACACGUUACCAGGAAUGUGAGAAAAAGGAGGUGCCCACCCGAUGGCUACCCUUUGAUUCAGAGCAGUGUAUCGACAUCUCAGACACAUCUUUGGGCUUUAGUGUCCCUAAGUCCACCCCGUCAAAACAGAUUGUCAUCUCUGUUAGUCAGCUACCACCCCUCUCCCAGGGCAGUGGUUAUGAAUGUCGCUUUAAUGAGUACACAUCCAGAGUUACAGACAUAGAUGGUAAUCAGAUCACAUGCCAAACCCCUCCUCAAGAUAUUAUCCCUGAGAUUGAAUCUGGACAAUCUGCUGUAACAGUUGCCUUGAGCAUCUACUCCAAUGAGACCAGAGUAGUCUUUGUCAAGAAGGACUUCAAUUUCUAUGAUUGCUCUCUCAUUUCAAGCUGUUCUACAUGCAUGAACAGCUCCUGGGCCUGUGAUUGGUGUAUCUAUGACAACAAGUGUACUCAUGACCAAGGGACAUGCCAGCAAGACGACGACGACACCAUCAUAUCUUCAAAUGAUGCCAAUGCAAUUGAGCAAUGUCCUGCCAUCAUCGCUCCUGAGCCAAGUCUACUCCUUUCAGUAGGAAUAGAGAAGAGCUUUCAAUUUGCCGCCAGGAAUCUUCCCUUUGAUGCUACCAAGGUUAUGGGAUAUGAGUGUGUGUUGGAGUACGAGGGGAGACAGCAUCCUACCAUAGCCACCGUUACUUCAUCCACACUAGUCACAUGUCAGAGUAAUAUGUAUACGUAUACCACCAACUCACCAAAUAUCAAGGCGAGCGUAUCUGUUCGGUGGAAUGGAUCAAAUGUUAUAGACGACGAUAACAUCACAGUGACGUUGUACAACUGUUCAGUGGACCGGGACAGCUGCAGUCGUUGCCUGUCUCCCGACUUCACUCACUCCGACCUGUCAUGUCAGUGGUGUGGAAGCACUUGCGCUGUGAUGAACAGCACCUUGUGCACUGCCCCAGGUGUUACGCCUGUCUUGCAGGGUUCAGGAGUAUGCGCUAAUCCAAGAAUCACCGAUAUUUCUCCAACAAGUGGACCAAUAGAAGGCAAGACGAUUGUGACAAUUUCCGGAACAGACAUUGGCCAGUCGGUUGAAGACCUGGUUAGUGUGACACUUGGUGAAUCCAAUUGCAAUUUUACAGACAUGAAGGAGUCAUACGACCCAGGAAGGAGUGUGAGUUGUAGAACAUCUGCAGGUCCUGUUGGACCGGCCAGUGCUGUAAUUGUCCUAUUGCUGAAUGGCGUAAGAGUGAAUGGAACAGGUGGGCUGAAAUUCAACUAUGAGGACCCCUCAAUCACCAGCAUCUUCCCGACAGAGGGCCUUGAGGCGGGUGGUACCCAAGUGACAGUGACUGGCCAGUUUCUCAAUACCGGUAGUUCUAUCUCUGCCAUGUUCGGGGAUUCCCCAUGCAUCUUCAAGAGUCCUCCCACAAGUAUGCAGGGAGUGUGUACCACCACCAGUGCAUCUCGACCUGACAUGGUCAAUCUUACCAUGGUCUUUGAUGGGGCAACCAGAUAUUCCCAACAGCUUUUCCACUUCUUGCCAAACCCUGAGAUCACCACACUCUCCACACUGAAGACCAUCAAGGCUGGAGGUUCGCGUAUUGAAGUUAGAGGAUCAGGUUUUGAUGUUAUUCAGUCCCCUGUCAUGAAAGCAACCUUCACUGGAGGGGAAUCUUCCCAAGAGUCUUGCAUGAAGAGGGAUGAUACCACCAUCAGCUGCACGUCUCCCACCCUCCCAGCGGGUGUCCUCCCCUACGUCCCAGUGAAUAGCAGGAAGAGAAGAGCCUCCAGUACCGAUCCACUGGCUUCUGCUACGCUCUCGUUCAUCCUGGAUGGAUACAACUUCACCUAUGGAGAGGACCUGGUCUACUACCCCAAUCCUGUGUACGAACGCUUCAGUGAUGAGGGUAACGUGCGCAAGUAUGAAGAGGACAUUAUCAUCGCGGGUAUGAAUCUGGAUUUGGCCAGCACCAAGGCUGACGUUGAGGUGAUGGUAGGAGACCAGAAUGGAACAGUCAGAUCUUUGGCUCAAGAAUUGCUCAUCUUCAGCCCGCCCAAGGUUAAACCAGGCUUAGGAACCAUGGAUAACAGCAGCAAAGGCAUGCCUCUUGUAGUGGUCAAGCAUGGCCACCUCGUCACCAGGAUCGGCUGGAUAGAUUACUCCGCUGUGACAAGCGGUAAUAUGAUGUUGAUCGUCAUCUUGAGUGGCGUGGGAUGUCUGAUCGUCAUCGUCGUGUUCAUCCUGGUGAUGUGCUAUGCGUCCUCUCGCAAGCGCUACAAGAACCAGCUUGAGCAGGUCAAGCUGGAGAUGACAGAGCUGGAGGAUGCUGUCAAGAAUGAGGCUACUAAAGCGUUCUUUGACAUCCAGCAAGACAUGUCUGGCAUCAAGGACCAGCUGCAAGACCUUGGUGGUAUGCCAUUCGUCACAGGUCAAGAUUACAUCAGGAACAUGCUCUUUGUAGGACUGGAUGUACAGCCCAUGAUUAUAGACCCACAGCGCCCCGAAGAAAACUUAACCAGAGCCAUGACGGACUUCUCCAAACUUCUCAUGAACAAGGACUUCCUUCUAGUCUUCAUUCGCUCUCUAGAUGAGGAUAAGAAGCUCGCCAUGAGAGACAGGAAUAACAUCGCUUCCCUUUUGACGGUCUGUAUGGUUCUUGAAGGCAAGCUGUCUUAUCUGUCCGAUGUGAUGCUAACCAUGAUGUCAGAGCAGAUCACUAAUGCUGCUGAUGUGGACAGAUACAGACAACUCUUCAGAAAUGUUGAAAGCAUUGUUGAGAAGAUUCUGGCCAACUGGAUGGCUCUCUGUAUGUACAAAUAUAUACAGAAACAUGUUGCCUAUCCCCUGUACAUGCUGUAUCAAGCCAUCAAGUUCCAGGUGGAGAAGGGUCCCAUCGAUAUCAUCACAGGCCACGCCCACUUCUCACUCAACUACGAGUACCUCUUGGAUGAGGAUGUCACGUUUGCUGAAGUGGGUCUUGAGGUUGAGAAUCAAGUACAGAAGGGAGAGACCAGCACGGUGAAGGUCCUGGAUGUAGAUACUAUCACACAGGUUAAGGAGAAGGUCCUGGAUGCUGUGUUCCUCAACAAGCCUCAGUCAGAGAGGAAAAUUGCAGCCGAAGUGGAUCUAGUGUUGAGGAGUGGCAAACUUGGCCAGCUGGUUCUGAGAGAUACUGAUAACACAACAGAGAAGCCAGAUGUCCCUAGAUGGGCUAAAGUCAAUACAAUCCAACAUUACAGGAUAACUGAUGGUGCCGUAGUAGGUCUAGUUUACAAGCAGGACAAUCCCAAUGCAAGUCUUGCUACUCCCCUGGAUGAGGAAACAGAAUUACUUGCCCCGAGUCCUGCAGCCAGUCCGAAGCGGUUCCCUGUAGCUCUGCAGAGGUUCAACACCAAUGUAGAGAGUGAUCUAGAAGAAGGGUUCCAAUUCUAUCAUAUAUCCAAUCUGUACGAAGACGAUGCAACGAAAAAGACGAUUGGUCGCAGAGGCAGAUCAUCUAGCAGCACAAGAAUCAAACAUAGGAAGAUUAGAGAGAUCUAUCUUAGGAGAUUAGUCUCAACAAAGAAAUCCAUCCAAACGUUUGUAGACGAGGCCUUGCAGGUGAUGUUAUCAGUUUCUAACGAGAGACCCCUCCCCAAGUCCCUCAAGUACCUGUUUGAUUUCCUAGAUCGUCAGGCUAGCAGACAUAACCUGAAAUCAGACACUGCUGAGCUCUGGAAGACUAGCUGUCUUCCGUUGAGAUUCUGGGUGACAGUCCUGAACCAUCCAUCGUACGUGUUUGACAUGAGCCAAACCAGGACUGUCGAUGCCUGUCUCAAUGUACUCACCCAGAUGCUGGACAAUGCCUGCAAGGGAAUCGUACCCAAGUACAACUUUGAGACAUCCCCUAGCCGUGUGCUGUAUGCCAGUGAACUGCCAGGCUACAUCGACAUGAUUCCAGAGUUCUACAAGGAGAUCAAAGAACAACCCAGAGUCAGGCAAGAGGAGGUGGAUGAGGAGUUUGCAGAUGUUUGUGAGACAUUCCAAGGAACAUUUAGUAAAAUUGGCACCCUACACCAACUCUAUGAGUAUGCUAGCAGAAGGAAUGACACGCUGAUAGAUGCUUUGGAAGAGGAUGAGCAAUGCCAGAGAGCCAACAUGGGAUACAAGCUGGAGCAGAUUGGACAGAUGUUAGCCCAGGGUCAAGACUAGAUGAACAGAGCUUACCCCCAGGGCCACCCCAGGGCCACCUCCAGAAGGGCCAAGAGCAGAUCAUCCAGAGAGAGCAAUACGACUGCCACAUUGAGGAUUGAUUGUGUAAUGCUAUAUGCUGAAUUCCAGGACACUGAUGGCGAGUGAAGCUGGAGCAAAAAGUAAGAUAAUGAUGUGGUUCCAGGUGAAUCGAUGUUGACAUCAUCACGGAGAUGCGUGUCAAUACGUGAAUCACCAGAAUACAACGGAUCAGUGUACUACUGCCUUGUGAAUUGAAAUUGAGAAAACCUUGUUCUUCUGUAAAACCAUUGAAAAAAACAAAAUGACUUGCCAAUCUUGUUCUUGUGACCAAAAAAUGUGUGCAGCAUUGUUGUCUUUGAUCAUCCCAGAAGUUGUGUCAUUGUCACCAGGUACCAAACUGUGUCCAUGCUUGGUGAUAACCCAGAGUGUUUGUAGUAAAAUGAUGUUGAAUUUGUAAGAUAUUGAUGGAUGCAGAAAUGAGUGGGGCCAGUGUAUUGCCACAGUCACGGGCUCUAGACUCUUAGUUAAGUAUUUUCUCUGUCGCAAAGAGAAUCUAGCUACCCACCUGUAUAUUGUCUCUAUGAUUCAGAUUCCAAGUACGCAUGUAUGUCUGGUUACAGUGGCUGAAUGUGUAUAUUGAUAAACAUGGGCAUGUCAUGUGACCAGCUGAUGAACAUGUUGCAGUCACCUGACAAAACAGGCAUGUCAUGUGACUAGCUGUCUCUCAAAUGAACUCAAAUAUACAGCACAGCUAAAAUGGUCAUUGUAUUAUAUGUAUACUUCUCUGUGGAGAAUUCAAUUAUUGUUACAAGAAUGAGUUUUUGUAAAAUAAUGUGUUUUGUGUAAAUGAUCCACCGUGAAAGUUUUAAUAUAGUUAGUGUCAGCGUUUUUUUUGUGCCUAAGAUUUCAGAGUUGGGUAUGGUGAAAGAGAAUUUCAAAGUGUGGAAGAAUUGUGAUUUUGACUAAUACGAAUGAACUAUAAAUUAUGAAUAUUCAUUGAGCUAGCCAUGUGAUAUGUAUAUUUAGCAGGUAGUUAUCUUAUUCUAUACAGUAGUAUACAUUCACAGGAUAUAAAUGUCUCCUAAAGUACAUCUUGUAGUUUUAAGGUGUCAUGAUGGCCUUUGCUCUGUAGACAUUCAGAUUUCUUUCUUCUUUCUGCCAGGUCUUAUUUACUUUCAAAAACUUUUCAUCACUUUCAAAGCAAAAUCAUAUGUACUUUUAUGCAUCGGCGAUAUCGGAUAUGUAACGUGUUUUUUCAGUUCCAUUGUCUUUUUACAAUAUAAUUUUUCAGAAAUAUAUAAUUUCUUUGACAUUUUUUAAAUUUCAUCAAGUGACAUGAACUGAAUCGAACGUACUGAGAUAAUUCAUUUUUUUCCUCUGAAAAUCAAGUGCUUGAAGGUAGUAUUUACAAAUUGCAGACACUCUGUAUGGUUCAGACCUGUCAUUUAGAAUCUUUAAAAAAAA